UGUGGUGUCUGGGCGCUGCUUGGUGUCACAGAACAGAGCACAGUUUGUUUGAAACGCCGUAUUUUAGCAAAUAACGACCAACAUGUGUGUUCAGGGUCGAACAGCCGGAACCUAACUUUAUUCUCAGCGUGUUUGAACGAGUUUAAAAGACAAAGCUCGUACUGGAGAAACAUAGUUUGCGUCUCGGCCCGCUCCUGGUGAGUGAAUGAAAUAUGGCGGAGAGUUUUUACAAGCUGGAGGAUGAAGCCUUCCCCAGCUUCCUCGGCAGGUCUCUGGACAGCAGCAGCGGCCGGGCCACUCUCGGUAACGUUACUCUGGGUUCAGGUCCGGGGCUGCCCGUGGCUGCCUCCACGGUGGCUAAAAUUAGACCCAGCUCCGACAGCAGAAGAGAUCACGAGCAGGCUUCAUAUCUGGAGGGCAGAGAACAACAACUAGGAAAGACCCAGUCAUCUGUUGGAGAACAUCCCAGGUAUUCCCUUGGAUUCAAAGAUGACUUGGAUAAUGCAGAUGACUUCAUUGCAGCCCACCGCCUGUCAGACGUGCUUGUUAAGAUCAGUCUGGAUGAGACUGCUUCCAGAAACCAAGGCUCUGUGCUUGGCCUUCCUCCCACUCAGGCCGGUUCAGCGUAUGGUCGGCCCACAGAGCUAGGAACAGAUCUUUCAACUGGCCUUCUGACAAUUUCCCAGUUGGACCAAAAGAAUGACAAAAAGGCUUUAGCUGCUACCCCUGAGGAGGACCUUUUGCAAACCGAUAUACUUGACAGUGGCAGUAACUCCAGCUUCCUGGCCAAUGAAGAGCUCAUGUGUGCAGACAACAUGAAUAGUGAUGUCACAGAUGAUGACAUAGAUUUGAACAACCUGCCGGAUGAUGAACUAGAGGUGUACUUCAACAAACUGGUCCCUCCUGCAAUGCAGAGAGGCAGAGUGGAGGGGCAGGAGAUUCCUGUAGCAGGAGUGGGGGGUGUUGCUGGUUACCUGUCUGAUGCGAGUUCUGAAGAGGCACCGCAGCAAAGAUACCAGUUCCUCCAUCACUAUGAUCAGGAGGACUUCCGGAUGCCUGAUGUACGUCUUGCUGCUACAGGUAUGGACUCUUGUCCAGCCAGUGAUGAAGACACUGAGGAUGAGCUGGAGACGGCCAGAAGGAACAGUAAUGUCACCAGGACACAGCUGUUGCCAAGCACGUCUAGACAUCUGGUUGGAGAAAGUAACCAUCCAAGUUUCAGGCCAGGCUUAGAAGGGGGCAGUUCGGAUGAUGAUACUUCUUCUGGUCAUGGCGGUCCAUCACUGCUUCCUGGAAUCGGACACAGACGAUCAGCUGAAGGACAGGUCAUUAGCUCUCCUGUUGCAGGGGAUGGAGGUGGAGGAGAUGGGAGCAGCGGCAGUGAGGAAAGUGGGAAUGAUGGGGGAGUUGCAACCAUCCCUGUUCCAGUCAACAGUGCCCUGACUAUGUAUGAUGCCCUGCGUGGUCUGGGAAUUGUUGGUAGCAGUCGUCUCAGUGAGGAUGAGACUGCUGGUUUCAGCAGGCUCCAAGAACAUGUGAGGAAUAGUCUUCCCAGAUUUGCAGAGAUGGGUGACCGUGUCGGCCCUGUAGGAACAGGUGAGGCCAGCUCCUUCGCAGUGACAUCAGGGGCGUCUCAGAGGCUUUCUGUCAACUGCAGCAGGAUGUUGGACAGACAGGAGGCACUGGACGCCAUGGAGAGCACAGAUUCUGGUCCCACAACUGAGCCUCUCCUGGAUUCUGUCUACUUGAGGAGACCUCAGGAUUCAACUAACUUGACCAUCUCUGUUCUUCACGGCACCCAUGGGAGUUUCCAUCUCUCCAAGGUGCUGAACACUAACCAAGAUGCUCAUGAUGAUGAUGAGGCAGUAGAUGAGCCUGAUGGGGCCAGGCACUCAUUAGGCCCCAGAGGAGGACCCUGUGGUGAUGUGACAGCUGCUGAAGCUUCAGAUGGUGCCAGUGAAGAUGACAACCCUCUCUCAACUUCCCUGGAAGCAAAGUAUUUCUCCCAGAGCUUCAACCAGGAUCAAGAGGACUCAGAUGAAGGAUGGAACAACUGCCCAGACAACAUGGGGCUGGAGUUUCAGCAAGGAGCCAAUGCCGGUCAUGGUGUCGUUUACCAGAAUGAAGAAGGGAAGUGGGUCACAGACCUGGCUUAUUAUUCCAACUUUGAGAAGGAGGUUGAUGGGAAAGAGUCCGAGAAUAAUGGCCAGUUGCAGAAUGAGGACUUUGUACCUGCCAGUGAUGCUAUGCAGAAAAUAUUAAAGGAUCAAGAGGAGUUUGAGAAAGAGCACCAGUUCAUGCAGGAGGAGCAGAUUGAACCAGCACCAGGCGGCAACAGCACCUUACAGAGUGACUCUUCUUGGAAGAUUCCACCCAGCAGCCACGUCCUAAUGAGAGCUUCGCAGGUCUCCUCAGAGAUCAGGGAGGGAGAUGAAAGCUACCUGCGACUGUCUUUAGGACAGUUCUUUGGGCAGCGCUCUGAAGCCCUGGGCUGUUUGGGCAUUGCUGAUGGAGAUGAUGUAAAACGGCCAUCCUUUGGUUACAUCAUCACUUCUCCAGAAAAGAGGGAACCUUUCCCACUUAUCCAACCAUCAGAAUUCUCAUUUGGAGAAAACUCUCCUCCCAAUGCCACCAUAGACCUUGGUGAAGCAGACAAAACACUGAAGCCAGGAGAUUUGGACAAAACUGUUAAUACUCCAGGUGAAAGGUUGUCACCCAAAGGGGAUACUGAUCCAGAACCUUGUAAAACCCAGGACCAUAUGGGAGCUGUCUUGUCUGAACCCACUCUGGCCUCAAGACCUGAGUCAAACAUGGCUAACCAAAGUGGUUUGUCUCCAGACAACAACAGCAGUCAGCUGAUGCUCAGCAUCAGCACAAUUGCUUCGGCUAUCGCUAAUGCAUCCGUCAGCACGGACCCCUCACAGCUGGCUGCUAUGAUUGUAGAUCUGUCCAAGAGGAACAAGGCAAGGAACCGGCCAGAGUUCGUCGCCAAACACCAACAGGGACCCAGCACAGCUCAGCAUUUCCUAUCUCAGCCAGAGCAGAGCACAAUCCCAGACAUUCUGCAGAGGAGCAUCUGUGUUGGAGAGAUUAGUGCAUUUGACAUAGAAAAGUACUUGAAGACCAACAUGUCAAGCACCAGCCACUCAUCUGAGGAACACACAACCUUUGACUUGAGCAGUUGGGCUGAGGGUCUGAGCAGCUCUCAGAAGAACCCUCAGGCAGAAUAUCCCACAAAACAAGACGGUGUGACUCCAGAGAUCUCUUUAAGCACAAAAACCGAGAAAGACAAUAGAAGAAAUAUGACUCUUGCAAAUACAAGCUCUGCUGCAGUACAGCUUUCUAAUGAUGAACCUAAAAGCAUCCCCAUUCCUUGUUCUUGUGCAUCUCUCGGCCCUACCAGGCGGACCGUCGACUCGGGGCAGUAUUCCCAUCUCAGUUGUUCUGCAAAUAAACUGACACCUAAUGAGGAAACUACUGCCUCUUCCUCCCAGGCUUCUAACUCUGCAGCCAGAAACUCAACAGAAACUGUUGUCAAGUUGGAAGAAAGAAACACUAAAACAAACACAAGGUCUUUAGAAGCCUUUUGUAAGAAUGAUAAAAACUUACCCGGAACCUCCCAAAGCUGGAAGAAAUCCCAGUCAGGCUUGCCUGUUCUCAAAGCUUCAUCAUCCCCGACCCAGAGGUUGAGAAAUGUAGGUCAGGAGCUGCAGGACAGGUCCAGGGAUUCUUCAGAGAAGAACGUACCAGGAAAUAUAACUGUAACUCCUCUACCUCAAAGCUCUGAGAAGCAGGCUGAGAUCUCUGGCCUGAAUGCUCAGCCUUCACGAGAUCCUCUAUUUGACAUGCUGAGAAAUGUUCCUGAGCCUUGUGGGGAGGAGACUCACUGCAACUUCAGACCAUCCACCUCCCCUCUGACCCACUCCUCUCCAAGUCAGACUUCAAUUCCCACUGCAGAUGGUUUGCGUUCACCCUCUUCAUCCAACGGCAGGCUGGCAGACAGGCAUCCAGGUCCUGACUUCUCACCUGAGUCUACCUGUUCCAGUCCCAGUCUCAGCAGGCUCACAUACAUCUCAAUAAAUGAUGGAACUGUUGUACCUACACCUGAGCGACGAAAGAGGGAAUCUAUGGGACUGAGCACCACCAUCAUCAGAUUCAGUCCUACCCCACCUGUGGAACCAGAUCUACAGUCUAACUUGAACACUGUUAGCCUACCCAAAGGUCUUGAUGAUGUGAAGCCUCGUCAUUCUAAAAGUCUGGACCCUCUACCAGCACCCCAGUGUAAAAGUCCUGAGGUCCCAUACAGCGACCCCGCUCUGAGCUGCACCCGCAGCCAGAGUGAAUGUAACUACCCUGGACCUGGAGACAUUUUACCUGGAUUUACAGGCCACAAGAACCUUUCUGAGUCCGAUACAAGGAAGUUGGCUAAAGUGGACUCAGGCUAUAGCAGCAAUCUAAACAUCCAGCAAACUAUCAGCUCUGCGGCUCCCCCGGGAUCCCAGCAGUGGGGAGCUGUCCCCUCCAUGUCAUCAUCACUGUAUGCUGGUGGCCUUGGCUUGCCUCCUCCUUACUCAGCAGAGGGGCUUCAUUAUGUCCACAUCCCAGGUUUAAAGCCUCAGUGUCGAGGCAUGGUGGAUCUCCCCCACAAAGGAGACAUUCAGUCCCUCCUCACAAGACGCACCCUCGUUAGCUCACAGUUACCUCUGCAGUAUUUGGGACCUGAAGCUCCAUUGCAUUCUGGGGCUUUUCAUUUAGGACCAUCCGGAAACCGUCUUUACAGCGUAUCGUCUGCAGGUCCUCUUGGGAUUCCAGGAACUGCUGGGCCCCAUAAUCUCCCUAUACCGAAUCAGAGUCACCAUGAAAUGGGAAUAAUGGGGAAGCCAUAUAGUCAGUAUGGUGGAGAGUCUAUGGUGACCAGUGGUCUGGAGGAACUGAGAGGCCAAGUUGUGGUACCUGAGGAGCUUCGGUUCCCUCAUGCCUGCUGUGUCGGCAUCGCCUCCCAGACCUCCCUCAGCCUCUUCAACCCGUCUGAGAGAUGGCAGCAAGUUUCCAUCACUGUGGCCAGUCUGGCCAUUGAUGGAGAGCAGGUGGACAGCUUGCCUUACCAAUGGUUGAUAGUGAAAAACAAGACAAUUAUUGGCCCCAAAAGUACAGAGGAGCAGAAAGUGUUGUUUGUUCCUCCGCAGCCUGGAGUCUACCAGUGUGUCCUCAGUGUUUGCUCUUGGCCUGCCUCAGCUGAGACAGAGCUGGCUGCCAGAGCCGGUAUCUUUGCCAAAAGGGUGGUGCUUAUUGCAGUGGCAGAGAACCCAGCAUUAGAGAUUGAAGCAAGCAAAUCUGGCAGUUUGGAUUUUGGAGACCUACCAGGAGGGGCCGCUAAAUCUCUACCUCUGAGACUGCUCAACAGAACCCACGCUACAGUACCUAUUUGCCUGGUGAUCUGUGCUAAUGCCAAAGCAUGGCGAUGCUUCAGCUUCUCCAAGGACCCUGUUGGCAUGACACCUGAGGCUACACAGCAGGCUGGACACAUGGCCUCAAUGCCCGCUCCCUCAGUGAUGAAUCAUGUGAUGCAUGCCAGCUAUGGAGAGAAUCCAGAAAGCUUCAUGGUCUGGGUCCACUUCAACGCUCCCCAGAAUUUCAUCACCUCUUCAGGAGAUCUUGGUCCAGCUGAUGAGUACAACGCUCGGGUGGACAUUGAAGUGGACUCUCCAGGUCCUAGUCGUGUUAUCAGAAGUAUUCCCCUCAAGGCCAAGUCUGGAACAGCAAGAGUUCAUGCUCCUAAAGAUCUACAGACUGUGAGCCUUUUUGCGCCUGUGGGUAAAUGUAGCGAACAGACUCUGCCAUUAAAGAAUGCAGGAAACAUCGAUGUUCAUCUGAAACUCAAGAUCAGCGACAACAGCAAUAGCUUUUCCGUGACACCUGAUGAACUGUCCCUGACAGUGGGAGAGGAACAAGGUGUUGUCGUAUCAUUUAAAGCACAAAGCAACAGGAAAUGUAAAGAAAGCCUUCUCACAGUGUUGGUGCUACCGUCAGGCCCUCAGUAUGAGGUGACUCUGAAAGGAGAAGCAGUCCCUUCUGACUCUGGGAAACCCGUGCCUCCCUCUGCACCCGUCUAUGGCCCCUCACUGACCAGCGACAUCCCACCAAUCCUCUCCAACAAGCAGUUUGUGGCCUGGGGAGGGGUCACCCUGGGACGAGCUGUGCAACAGAAGCUGGUUCUAAGAAACAACUCGACCGGUACCACACAGCAGCUACGUUUGCUUAUCCGUGGUCAGGACCAAGACUGUUUUCAGCUCCAGAGCUUGUUCAGCCCAGAAGAGGUCCUAACCCGACAUGGAGAGCUGUCCAUUCGACCCAGGGAGGAUGUAACCGUCCACUUGCUCUUUGCUCCCACCAGGGUGGCUUGCAUGUUGGCCAAGCUGGAAAUUAAACAGUCUGGAGUCCGGUCUUCACAACCAGGAGUUAAAUUCAUUAUUCCACUGUCAGGCUACGGCGGUACCAGUAACAUCAUCCUGGAGGACCAGAGGAAACAUGCUGAUGGCUAUGUGGCGGCUCUACCUGACAUCGCUGUUGGCUGUGUCAGCAAAGUGUGUCUGUGUGUGAGGAACACCGGCUCCAGAGCAGCCUUUAUCAAAGCCGUGGCUUUCUCUGAUGUCCCAAGCCGGUCACUUGUGCUGGCCUCUGUCAUGAGCCUGGCCCCUUCACAGUUCGUCCUGAAGGAAAGGACACAAGAGGUGAUCACUAUCCUAAUGAAGUCCAGCCAGAGAGAGGCCAGUUUGUGUGAGUCAGCGAGUACACCCUUGGCUACAGUCUGUCUCUUCUGUGGAGAUGAGGUCUCCAGGCAGCAGUACAGGAGAUUGCUUCAGAGCAAACCAGAGGCUGGGAGGAAGGCUCUGUCAGAGAACAGUCUGCUGAAAAACAUAGACUUCAAUGAGAGGUUUCUUGGAGAGGAAAGUGUUACAGAAGCCUAUGACCUGCCCUUGCGGCCUAAUGAGGCCCACAUCUUCUACAGCAACAUGAGUAAAGUGCUGGUAUCGUUGCUCGGGAGAACGAAGAGCACAGACAGAGAGGAGAGCAAACAUGACAAACCUCAGCUGUCCUCUGAUAGAUACUGCCUGCAGACAGAGAGUGGUUUUCCUAAUGGCAGCGUGUCCCUGGAUGUGCUGCCAGUGAAAGGUCCACAGGGUCCAGCACUGAAAGUUACCUCUUCAAAGGCUUCAGAGCCACAGUCCGAGUCGUGGAUCAUCCACCCACAGCAGCUGGUCCUCACAGCUCCCACAAUCAAUGGCCCGUCCAUCACCAGCCAGGUUCAGAUUCGGAACAACGCUUCUAGAGAGUUGAACUUUGACCUUUCGUGGCCAGCUCACUGCCUCACCAUCACUCCAGAGCAUGGAGUUAUUGAGCCUCAGUCCCAACUGCAGAUUCUGAUCAGCCCCAAUCCCUCAUUAGCCACAAAACCUGCCCUGCUGCCAUGGAGCGGACAGAUUUAUGUCCAGUGUGACGGACAACAGAAGUUCAUUAAGGUCCAGAUUCGUAGGGACUUGGCUCUGGAUGUGUCUGCAGCUCCAACAGAUACCUCUCUGUCAGCCCUGCCAGCUCAGGCUGCUACUCCUGUGCUGCCUGUGGGCCGACCCGGCACCAAGCCAUCGGCAACCCCACAGACACCUCCCAGCCUGGUGGAAAUGAGUAACAAGACCAUCACCUUUCCAGCCACUCCUUCAGGAGAAACAUCAGAGGCCCAGUUGGAGGUGCAGAACGGUGAAGAGGAAGUGAGGUGGUACCUGUCCUCCUUUGCUCCUCCAUAUGUUAAGGGAGUUGAUGACUCGGAAGAUGUUUACCGGGCCACCUACACGGCUUUCAGAUGUUCCAGGGUCUCAGGAACUCUGGGGGCCCAUGAGAAGAUCCAGGUCCCCAUCACCUUCCUCCCCAGAGACAGAGGGACGUAUGUCCAGUUCUGGGAUAUGGAGUGCCACCCUGUGUCUGAGCCCCGGCAGAAAUCCAGAAUCCGCUUUCAACUCUCUGGCACGGGAGUAAAAUCUGGACCAAUGGAAGGACCGCAGGAAGGAAACUGUUCUCUGGUGAGGACAGGAGCCACAGUGAAGAGCAGAAAGAGAUCUGAUUGGUCAGCAGGCAAAGCUGGUCAGGAGGAGGCAGUGCGAAGGGGUGUUUAUUCCCCUCAGGAUCUGUACACCUUCCCAGACACACAGGUGGGGGAGUCCAGCACGCUGAAGGUCAAUGUCCGUAACAACUCGUCCGACACGCAUGAGCUGAGAUUUGUAAAGCCUAAGGAGCCCUUCCACAUGAAGCAUUUUGGUUAUUCCCUAAGAUCCCAGCAUUAUGUCAAGCUACCUGUCCAGUUCAAACCCAAUACAGCAGGCAAGCAUACUGGCCUGCUGCUCAUCCAGUCGGAAUCAAGUGGAAGUCUGGUUGUUCAGCUGAGUGGUGAAGCAUUGCCUUGAAUUCUUGCUUCUGUUGGACAGGACAGAUGAGAGCAACACAUGGAAGACCAAACACCAAAUGUUUCCUGUGAAUCAAAAGCAGAGCCUGGAUUUAAUUCCUUUUUGUAGAAUUAUUUCUAUAGAUGUAGACUGUUACUUAUUGAGUCGAGAUGCCAAACAGAGUCCUUUGUGUCUGUGAAGAGGGCUCAGCUGUCCCCGGCUUACUCAUGAAAAGAUCGUUCAGAAUGAUUGAAUGUAUCCAGCUUACAAUUAGUCUGCACCACUGUGGCGUUUCCAGGGGGGAUGAUUUCUGUCACUUGACCCUAGGCUGGGUGUUUGCCUUAUCCCCUUCAGUUAUGUCACAAGGCGGCAUUGUUGUUUCCACAGCCUCUGUCAGACAGCAGCAGUACCAGUUAAGAUCCAUUUGGCAUUACUUGCACUUGAUCACACAGGAAGGCCUCUGUCUGCUGUUUGGCACCAUAGCUGCAACAAUUCUGGUUUUGGAAAAGCUGCAUUGUGUUGACUUUUCCUCCCAUUAUGUUGUGGAAAUCAGAAACAGAAACCUUUUGACCCAAAACUAAGAGAAGUCAUUUCUGUCUGGAUGGUUGGACAAGUAUGAGAUUUUGUAUCUUAUUUAAAAGUUCUUUAUUUUUUAUAUAUCUGCUCCAGGUCUUUGUACAUUUCAGGUUUUUAAAAUCUUUUGUACUGUUGUGGUUUCUAUGGAGAUGGCUCUUCAUCCACUUAAAGCCCACUUGAACAGUGGCCUUUAUUUUGGGCCAUGUGCUGACAUCCCUGCAAGCUCUAAGAUUUUAAAAUUGUCCAGAUGCAUAUUAUUUUUGUCUAGAUCAAGGCAGCUCACUGCAACAUUAGGGUGGUUAAUGGUUCUGAUUACAUGCUAAAUCAAUUUCCUUAGGGGGAUUUGUUGAGAAACUUGCCAGGUCUUCCUAGUAUGGUUACCAUGGCAAAAUGUGAUUAAUCACUGUUCCAGGCACAGAAAAUUUGAUCCCCGUUUCCUUUUUUGGCUCCAAGGCAAGUCGCCAAAAUUGCUCGAGGGGAGCAUUGGAUUCACAUCCGUACUGUAAUGAGCUCUGGAGCUGGAUUGGCAUGGGGAAAGGUGUGCAAACUUCGUCAAGCAUGUGUUGUUAACUUGUUAGAUGGCACACACUUUGGCAGCAGAACACUAAUGUCUGGCAUUAUUUACCUGCAUGCAUUGGAAGUUUUAUGUGGUAUCUAAGAAACGUUCUGAAAUCUUAGGAUGAAAAUGUGCACUAUUUUAUGUAAUGUAUGUACACAUUUUAAAUAAAGGUUAAUGAUUAUUGUA